AUGCAGCCUUCGGCUGUGUCGAGGUACUCAACCGGUGGACCAAGUGCGCAAGCAGAAUCUGUGAAUGGGGACACAAAUUGUACCGAGAUUUUGUCUGAGGCGGAAUAUGAUCAAAAGCUUUAUUUAGGAAUUCCAUUUAGUUACAUUUUCUCUCAAUUGAUGCUGCUUUUAGGAGGCGUGCUAUCCGUGAAAUCUAUUGGCAACUCGAGGGCUGACUGCACUGAACAUACUCUUGAUGAGUAUCUGAUAUCCUCACUUGGUGGAACUUCUGAAGUUGUGCCCAGAGCUCAGGCUGCUGGUGGUGCUGACGAAUAUUUCGCUAAUACUGGCCUGUCUGCUGGAGGAGGUCUUACUGCUGCCUCGGGUACCAACAAGCCCUGGCCAAAGUCUCCGUCGAAUGCCCCAAUCACUAUACGCGUCAGAGAUGUUGUCAGUCCGCCCUUAGCCGACGAAAGACCUCAAACCGUGCACAUUGUUUCAUCAGUUCCUGCGCUACCGUCAGCUGUCGCAACGUCAACGCCUCCCGUCACUACUGUCGUCGGCGCCGACUGGAAAGCUAGACGUACGGCUCUUUCUCGCUUCCCGUCACUAUUCUGGCCCGGUCUGACGGAUCCAGCUCCUCGCUCCUACAAACGGCCUCAUUCAGCGAGUAUUCUCGCAUAUCCGGCAGAAGCUCCAGCCUCUUCUGGCAAUCGAUGGAAAGCAUCAACAGCGAAAGACCAGUGCCAAGACGAGGUGGAAGAUGAGGUGGAAGAGAUGGUUUAUCAAGGUGAGGAGGCCGGGGAAGCAGGGCCAGAGGUUCAAAGUUCUUGGUCCACUGAAACUGUUAGUCGCUGGAUAGAGGUUAUGGGUGGCUGA